UGCCAAAUGUGGCAUAGAAUUCGAUCAGCUCUAUUGACAAGAGCAUCACUAGAUCUUGCAUCUAAGAGUUCCAAGUGACUGAAAAGAACAAUUCUCAAGAUGAAAUUCAUCGUGCUGGCUCUCCUCUGCGUGGUUGCGUACGCUGCUGCCCAAGCUGAACCUGAGGCUAUUGAGGAAUACCAAGGCUCGCCUCGUUUCCGACGAGAUGAUAGCAAAGGAUCUGUGGUCGUUACUGCAACGAAACCCAUAGGCGGACCGGAUCGUCGCCCGUCUUUAGACAUCGACUACAAACAACACAUCCACGAGAAAAAUGGAUGGAGGACGGACGCGUACGGUGGAAUGAACAUUCGUUCAGGACAGUCUGCUCAGCCGCACGGAGGCCUCACUUUCGACCGUGACUUCAAAAACGGGCACAUUGGUGGAUUUGGUGGGGCUCAACGGUUUCCCGGAGGCAGAAUAUCGCCUACUUUCGGUGUGCAGGGUGGGUUCAGAUUCAGGCGCGAUGUGAAUGACGUCGAGUCGGAGGAAAUGGGAUAUUAAGAUCGUGGCGCGCGACUCACGAAUCAGACUGCGGACUCUUUUUUAUCGAAAUUUUGAUUACUGAGAAGAUGUACGAACGGAGAGAGUUUGCAGCGAUAAACAGAAGGCUUUGAUGUUCCAAACGUUUUCUACUUGUUAGAGGAGAAGAGAUUCCGUAAUAUAAUUUCGAAAAAAUUAUUUAAGUUGUUUCGAAUCGUGAAAUUAUUGAUCUAUUGAUCUCUGUAUCCUUGAUAAUUUGUUCGAAUUAUCGCAGCAAUUCAUCUCCUGAUUAUGACAAGCGCUCCGUUUCGAGCACUUCAAGAUAUUACACAUUUGGAUAUUACACGCAUUCCGCGCAUUUUUCCUAUAAAUUCCCAUCCGCAGUCUGAUUAAUGAUUAUUGAUUGCAUUUAAUUAUUUUUAUUUAUUUGAGCUAUGCAUUUGUUAUCUUAAUUCUAUUGUACUUAAUCCACCGAGUACUUGUCUAAUUAGAUAUAUUAUAUGUUAAGAGAUUCCAUUUCAAUUAAACACAUAACAAUAAAUUAAUUAACAGUGAA